AAUUCUGAUUUUGAUUUAAAAUGAAGAACAACGAGUAUGUGCUUAAAUGUAAAUUAAAAUGAAAAAGUAACGAAAUAAACAACACCAAGUUUGAUGACAAACAACUUCAAUUUGUUUAAUGGCAAUGAAAUUACUUUUUUCAUUGAAAUAGUUUGUCGGAAGACUUGUGUGGUCGGACAUGUUUUUCAUCACAUCCGCUGCAAUGAGUUUCGAGUGGCCCUGGCAGUACAAUUUUCCUCCGUUUUUUACGCUUCAACCCAAUGUGGACACAAGACAAAAACAGCUGGCGGCCUGGUGUUCACUGGCGUUGGCCUACUGUCGCCACCAAAAGCUCUACACGCUGGACGUGAUGGAGGCCCAGGAGAGCCCAGUCUUCAACAACCGCAAAAUUGAGCGAAAACUGUCUAUGGAAGCCAUUCAAGUGGUAUUUGAGGAGCUAAGGAAAAAAGGAAACCUAGAGUGGCUGGACAAGAACAAGUCGAGAUGUUUGGUGAUGUGGAGGCGGCCUGAGGAGUGGGGCAAGCUCAUGUAUCACUGGGUGUCAAAAAACGGGAUGAACAACACUGUAUUUACGCUGUACGAGCUGUCCAACGGCGACGACACAGAGGGUGAAGAGUUCCACGGCCUGGAGGAAUGGAUGCUGCUACGGUCGCUGCAGGCACUGCAGACGGAAGGCAAAGCUGAAAUCAUCAGCAUGGAUGACGGCAAAGGCGUCAAAUUCUUUUGAGGAAGGGGACUUCUCAAAUGACGGCAGGGCCUCCGCUGUUAUUAUUGUUCCCCCGCUGAUGUCUCCGUGUUUUUUUUUUAAAUAUCGCAAAGGAGCCAUUUGGGUCAUUGAGAGGUAACUCGACGUUAAAAAAAAAAAAUCCUGUCUGGAAGUCAACUGACAAAGACACUUGGACCAACAGUGGUGAUUCAACUCAGCCAAUUUUUGUUGAUACCAAUACUAGUGGACAGUUUUAAUGAGACACUAUUCCAAAAAAAUUCCACCAUCAACCACUUUCCCUUCCCCCUCAUAUCAUGUGUAAAAAUAAAGACAACUUUCA